AAGAGAAUCCCUAUCUGCCGCUUAGCUGUGCCACUUCCUACUUCUAUUUCGUUGUCCAAACGGUCAGUAGUUAUUCCCAUACCUACGUAAAACCACAGGAACAAUCUUCGUCGCCCUGGAUACCAGUCAGUCACUUCCACUCGGUUCAGCUAGAGCCACGACUGCCCUUGGAUGGAACGGCCCGACUGUGGAUUUCUCUGCCUCUGUUAUCUACAGGCCGCGACGCCAUUGCUACCGUUUCUAUAAAUUGCGCUCGUGAAAACACAAAGAAUCCUGAUAUCUUCAUCAUGAAGAAAAAAUGCAAAAAUCGUCGCUCUAUCACGCUAAAGAGGGAGUCUUCUCCUAUCAAGCCCUCCCCAAACAGAGAGACUCUCACAUACGCACAAGCUCAGCGAAUUGUAGAGCUGGAAGUGGAUGGCCGAGUGCACCGGCUCAGCAUCUACGACAAGCUGGAUGUCAUCGCUGACGACGACCCUACGGCUCAGGAGAUCCUGGAGUGCAAUAGCAACAAAGAAAACAACGAGAAGCCCCAGCAGGUUCUGGUUCGCUCUGUACGCCUCAAAAUGAACCAGCAGAAGAAGAGUGGAGCUCUCACUGCUUCACAUGGCAGCAGCUUGAGCAGCCUCCUAGAGCCAAAGGUCAGGAUGGUGGAGUACAAUUUGCCGGUGGUGCCAAAAAGGCCGGUCAUGUAUUACAAAUACUCUGAGAGGACAACCGAGGAGCUGGAUGAGGAAGUGGAGUACGACAUGGACGAGGAGGACUAUGCCUGGCUGGAGAUCAUUAACGAGAAGAGGAAGAGUGAGGGCAUCGGCCAGGUGUCACACAAUCUCUUUGAGUUCCUCAUGGACCGCUUUGAGAAAGAGUUGUUCUUGGCUACACAGGGCCAGAGUGACCUACAGUCACUGGUGGAUGAAGAUGCUGUUUGCUGCAUCUGCAUGGAUGGAGAUGGAGCUGACAGCAAUGUCAUUCUCUUCUGUGACUCAUGCAACAUCGCUGUGCACCAGGAGUGCUAUGGCGUGCCGUACAUCCCAGAGGGUCAGUGGCUGUGCCGUCAUUGUCUACAGCGUCCAUCAAGGCCAGCAGAGUGCCUCUUCUGCCCGAAUCGUGGAGGAGCUCUGAAAAAAACAGAUGAUGAUCGCUGGGGCCACGUGGUUUGUGCCAUGUGGGUCCCCGAGGUUGGCUUCUCUGAUACAGUUUUCAUCGAGCCCAUUGAUGGCGUCUGCAACAUCCCCCCGGCCCGCUGGAAACUCACAUGCUACCUGUGCAAGGCCAAGGGUGCUGGGGCCUGCAUCCAAUGUGACAAGAUCAACUGUUAUACUGCCUUCCAUGUCAGCUGUGCCCAGAAGGCAGGCCUCUACAUGAGGAUGGAGCCCGUCAAAGAGCUCACUGAGUCUGGCACAACCACCUUUUCUGUGAAGAAAACCGCCUAUUGCUGUAGCCACACACCCGAAGGUUGCGACCAGCGGCCUCUCAAUGUCUAUGAUGAGCUCCGUCUCAAGAACGGAGCCUGUCACAAGCGGGCAGAAAAGAGGGGGAAGCCUCACUCCAAAAGCUGGCAGAAGAAAAAAAUGAAAAAAGCAGAGUCGGAACCGGAACUAGAACCUGACACCCAAGCUAACCCUGGGCCCAGUAUCACUGCAUCAAGUUUCGAUGCCAUUUUAAACCAGGUAGCAGUUCAGAGGAAGCGGCAGUUUGUUGAGCGGCUGCUGAGUUACUGGAUGCUGAAGAGGCAGUCGAGGAAUAACGUGCCUCUGAUACGCCGUCUGCAGGCCAACCCUCAACCCUCUAAAGCUCAGCAGCAGAAGGAGCGUAUGGAGACAAAUCAGGCUCUAAAGGAGCAGCUGAAAGUGUGGCACCGUCUGCGCCAUGACCUGGAGCGAACCCGGCUGCUGCUGGAGCUCAUAAGGAAGCGGGAGAAGCUGAAAAGAGACGAGAUAAAGCUGCAUCAGUCGGUGCUGGAGCUGCAACUGACUCCCUUCAAUGUCCUACUGAGAGUUGUGCUCAGUCAGCUGCAGGACAAGGACCAGUACAGCAUCUUUGCACAACCUGUCUGCAUUAAGGAGGUCCCAGACUACCUGGAGCACAUCAGAAGGCCUAUGGACUUCUCAACUAUGAGAAAACGAAUUGAUUCUCACAGUUACUGCAGCCUGGAUGAGUUUGAGGAUGACUUUAACCUCAUAAUUAGUAACUGCAUGACAUACAAUGCCAAGGAAACGUUCUUCUACAAGGCGGCUCAGAGGUUGCUGGACCAUGGAGGGGUCAUCCUACGGAGAGCUCGCAGAGAGGUGGAUCGGAUCGGCUUUAACUUCCCCAGCUGCUUGCUCUUACCAGAAGCCCCGCAGCUGGAGGCCCCAGCUCCUUUCUCCUGGGAGGACGUGGACCGGCUCCUGGCACCCUCAUACCGUCAGCACAUGCAGCUGGAGGAGCAGCUGAAGGAGCUUCUGGAGAAGCUGGACCUGAGUACGGCCAUGAAGCACAGCCCGUCACGCACCAAGAGGCUCAAGCUCCUCAAGAAGGCCAUCACGGAGGUCCGCAGCCAGAUUGGCUUAAAGAAAUUCUUUCCACAUCCAUCACCCCCUGCCCUGGAUCUCCCACAAUGCCCCAGCCAGUGUGAGGAAAAGCUGUGUCUGGCAAGCCCAUUAGUUCCCGUCCCUCUACCGGCCUCAGAGCAGCUCAGCUCCUCAUUUAAGCCUGACGGCUCACCAAGUGGCUCAGUGCCCCCCACUCUGAAGCCUGUUGCACACCUGUCAGAGCAGGCUCCCUUGCAGCUUGAUGACAACACCAGCUCCUCUACCUCAAAUCCCCCUCAACCCACCAACAAACCCCGCCCAGAUCAAAUGCUGCUCAACAGGAACUUUCCCUCUGAAUUAUCAGGUAGCUUCCCCCAGCGCACCAUCUUCCGUAAGUCCAAGAGUGCCAGCCCCCAGAAAGCACCUAUGACCCCAGAGCUGCCUGCUGCAUCGCCACCCCUACUGGGUGCCAAAACGUUCCUGUCGGUGGUGAUCCCUCGCCUGGAGACCCUGCUGGUCCCCAAGAAGAGGUCCCACAGCAGCAGUACUGAAGACGAGGAGGAAGAACAGAAAGAGGAGGAAGAGACGCCGAUCAAACGUCUUGGCACAGGGUUAACCAACGGCUGCUUGGUGGAGGAGAAGUUGGAUUCUGUGUCUCCACGCAUUUUGGAGCCCCGGCGGCGAUGCGCCUCAGAGUCCAGCAUAUCAUCUAGCAACAACUUCAUCUGUGACUCCAGCACUUUUAUGGUGCCUAAAGGUGUGAAGGGUCGUCCUACAGCGGCGAGACAGACCAAAGAUGACCAAAGUUCUGUAAUGACCAGUGCUGACAAUGGGCUAUUCACAAAGACUGCCAAGAUUUCUUCAGAAGUGUGGAGUCCCACCGCUGCUUCUUCAUUUGUUCUGGAGCCUCUUAAACUAGUUUGGGCUAAAUGUAGUGGAUAUCCCUGGUACCCUGCCCUGAUUGUGAAUCCCAGAGUUCGGAGGACAUCAUGUCAGCACAGCAGGGUGGAGCUCCCCAUUCCACCAUUGGAUGUUCUCAGAGCCGGAGAGCAGAUGCAGUUCAGGUCCGCAGAGAAACUCUUCCUCGUCCGCUUCUUCGACAGCAAACACAACUGGCAAUGGCUUCCUAGAUCCAAGAUGGCUCCGUUUGGGAUCAACCAGAGCCUGGACAGAGUGAAGCUGAUGGAAGCUCGUGCUUCCUCCAUCAGGAGAACUGUGCGGCUUGCCUUCGAUCGGGCCAUGAAGCAGCUCAACUCUGUCAGAGGGAAUCUGGAGGUGAAUGGUGGCGGCAGCGGCCUCGCUGCCACCCGCUAAACCCUGUCCUCCUCAGCAGGUCCACCAACCAUCACCUUUCAUCGUCACGAUCCAUGCAGAGAGGACGUUCUGCCUCAUACGCACAACAUAAACACUCAUGUUUAUCCAUCCCCCUGUCUGGAGUCCCACAAUGGCUCACUGUAGUCAAAGCUAUGCAAAGGAAGAGCUCAGCCUGGUGAAUGUGUCAGUGCUCAACCUCUGACCUCUUAAAAUGUGCUGCUGUGAGAUCCUCCAUCUGUCAGUGUAUGAGUGUGACAGCAGCAGCUCAUGUAAAUAUCACACACAUAGCCUGACACUAAUUUAUUCACUCUUCAGUUUUAUUUGGUACACACACUCUUGAUUUUUGGACCUUCAAAGGUAGGUGUGAGUAGUGGUCGCCGGUGCUGCUGGUCCUGCUGGUGCUAUCUCCACAUUGAGAACAAACAUGUAUACUGUAUUGUUGUUUUUUUGUUUGUUUUAUAACUUAUUGAGAUAUCCUGCAUCAAGUUCUUGUUUCUGGCAUUAAUUCUGUGUGAUGUUUUUUUUUUUUUUGUAACCAAAUGUUUUUACUGGACUACUUUACUAUUAUUUUUUGUUUGCUUGUAGAUAUUUAUAUAAGAUCUAUAUAGAAGCUCCAAAAGUUUUAAAGUGCAUCGUUGACAUGAAAACCAAAAGGAAAACAGAACCAACUGCCCGUCCUCAUGCUUCACUCUGACUUCUUUUUUUGAGCUUUCAGUCAUGUCUCUGAGCGACACAGCAGUGUGUUCUCCAGCAUUGCCCUGAAGGAGAGUAGAGAAUGUGCCUGGACUAAUUUAUUGCAGAGCAGAAAACGGAUAUGCAUCACUUUAUAUAGAAGGUAUGGUGAGGAAAUACUACGGGUGCUCAUACCCUCCCUUUUUUUAGUUGUUUUUGUUUGGACUGAUGGCAUUAAAUGUGUGAGGUAUGAUAGAUGCUGAUGGGUAGCAGAGAGUAGGCUUCUUCUUGGUCCUCCAGCCCUGCUGACAGUUUGCUGUAAAUACAUUUGGUACUUUAGUUGAUUCUCUGGGAAGAAAAGUAAAAAAACACACAGUUCUAGUCCAUUGGAACAGAAACCAGCCAAAAGCAGGCUGCUGGAAUUUUUAUACUAAAACACUGAAAAAUAAAAUAUCCUAUUGAAAUACUGGGUCUGUCUCCUUGCAUUUUCCUCAACUGGAACUUUCACAAGUGGAGUUAUUGGGGCCUGCCAUAGCAUUACAUAGGAGAAUCAUUGAAAUGCCUUGCUGCCGCUCCGUUAGUGAGAAAAGGAGUAGAUUUUUGAAAUCGCUCUUACGCCUACAAACAUCGCUCUACUGGUAUGGAAGUUGGUCGUGACAUCGCAACGAAAGCCUGCUUCUGUGAAAUGUUGUCUAAAUUAUUAUUAGCCCCCAUGAGGCUUUGCAUGAUUUAUGGGCGUGACUUCCACAGAAAACCAGAACCACCAUUACAUGUCAUAAUUCACCAAGAGGUGGCUCUGGGAAAGAAGGACCUCGCUGCAGCAAACAGAAAGGGUCAGGGACGAACCACUGUCAGUCCCAUACCUUAUUUGGAAAUGGGACUGUUGCAUUCCGGAAAUGAAGGGGGCGCUAUUUUCACAAACCUUAAAAAAGCGGGGUUAAGAGGUCGAUUGAAGGAAGUUUGAGAGAUUCUUCCAUGAUAUUCGGCACACGAUCCAUAAUGCAAAACCCACAAAGUCAGCAAAGAUAUUUUCUUCCUUAAAACUUUUUUUCACAUAGUAAAUCAAUAAAUAUGUUUUUUUACAUCAAUGUUAAAUUUCUGGAAAGUAAUACUUUUUAGAAGACAACAAAUUAAGGUUAGAAGAAAUCUCACAUAAACCACAUUUACGUAUCUGUGUAUCGUGUUUUACGUUUUUAUGGAUUAAAAUGUGUUCAGCUACUGUCAUUAGGUUGCAUAUCAACAAAAUUUACUAAGAGUUCAACAUAAAAAUGGUCCUAAUUUUAUUUAUUUUUUUGUCAAAAGUUACAGAGUAAUUGACUAAAUCUAAUUAGUUAAUACCUGCCGUUGGCUGUUUGAGCAAUAUCCCUUUUACAAUUUCAAUAAAUUUUUUGCAGAAUAUAUGUUAUCUGGAAACCAUUGUGACUUCUAAAAUUUAUUGUUAAAUCCUACAAACAAUAAUAAUAAUGUUAAAGAAUCUACAGUGAUUAAUUUCAAAAAUGCCUUUGUUUUCUACCAAUUGUAUAUAUCCUGAUGUGUAAUAAGCUUUUUCUUUUAUGUUAGUAGCUAUUACACUGUGUUCUUGUUCUAUUUUGAGUGGGAAUGAAUCAUGUCUUGUUUAAACAUAUCUGCUAUGUAUAUAGAUGUUUUUUAUUUUUAUUUUAUUCAUAUCUUUUUGUUAGAUUCAGAUGUCCAUAUAUUCAGAUGUGGCCUACCCUGAAACACAUCUCACUUUUAUUGCCCGCACUGUUUUCAACCACUGACAGAAGGGACAGGUUUGUUAAUCAUUUGGUUAACCACACAAUGACUUUCAAUAUGGUGUCCAGCUGUGCAUCAGCCCAGCCACUUGACCAUCCAGCAGCCACCAACAUCCAGGCCACAUUCAAUCAUUAUGCUUUUGUCCACGCGUCACAGACUCUGGGUUCUGAUUGCUGUGUGGCGUGGACAUUGGACACUAUGUGUUAGUACAGUACUUAUUUGAUAUUGACCUUCAUAUUUACUGCAUUUCUUGACAUUUGUCUAAUUCAUUUAUUACUCUGCGGUAGUGUUCACCAUCAGUGUGAUAUUUUUUUCAGAUUCUGAAGCCUAAGCAUAGGGAGAUUUUCUUCCUUGAUUCUGCCAGUGGCUUCACAGAUGAAAACCACAUCAAAACAUUAAAGGUGUAUAGGAAUAAGUUUGAAAGUGGUAUGUCUUCAGUAUGCUGUUCCGUUUUUCCACGGAGGCAAAGGUUCAGCAUUAAUCUUCAUAUUUAUGUAACAGUAAAUAUCCAAAUUGAAUUUGUGAAUAAGGUUUUAAUGCCUAAAAUGCAAUAAGACACAUUUUCUAAGCAGUUUCUUGUUUCUUUUUAAACAAGGCAUGGGUUAAAGCUGGACCAUCGAGAGACCGUUCUGUCUUGCAUUCUCAUACAUGUUUAUAAUUUUUAUGUUGUGAAAUAUACCCUUUUUUAAGUUUUUAACUUAAAAACUUUGUAUCAUCACAGAAGACUGUCUUGACAUAUCUGGACCAUGGACAGAAGUUGUUGGCAAUGAUGAUGAUAUGAGACGUUAUGAUGGGACACUUGUGGUUCUUCGGAGCUACAAGUCUGCUUAUUUACAACCAUUUCUGCUUUAAAUGUUAAUAAUCAAUACUGUGGGUAAGGCUGUUGUCCUUCACCUCAAUGUGAUUGUUAUAGUAAUGACGCAAUAAUUUUCUUCCCCCUUUUUGAAUUUUCUCGUAAAUACCACAGGGAUUGCCGAAACAAGGACUGUCCAAAAACUGUGGAAUGUUUGUGGUGAUGUUAACAUCCACUUCCACCCACCAUAUUGUUGUAUGGUUUGUAUAGAUGUAAUAAUCAUAUUUUUCUCAACAGUAUCCAGUGUACUUUGUGAUGGCAGCAUCAUUUGAUUUCAGCGAGGUAAAGAAUCAGAUGAGUCUAUACUUUCUGUUGGAGAUUUCAUUAAAUGUGAACCUGUGAUGUCCACAGAAUGAUAUGAUGACAAUACGAAGAUAGUGGUCUCUCACUGUCUUGAGAAAUUUCCUUGUGAAGUAAGAAUAAUGGUGCACUGUUCCACAUCAUGUUACAAAUGUCAGUUUUAUUUUAAGAAAACCUUCAAUUUGUCCUUUUUAUAAGGUCCAGAGAAGAACUACUUAAGGGGAGAAAGUGGAAAAAGUUGAUGAGAGGGCAAAAUGUGAGGUAAGCUGUAGAUAAAAUUCAUCACUUUGUAGUUUUGAAUCAUGUACCUUGUAUUAUGUCUUUCAGACUUCUGUAAGUCUGAAAGAAAAUCAGGAUAUAAAAAUUGAAAGGGUUGAAGCAGUUUUGAUGUUAUUUGGACUUAAAUUCAUCUUUCUCUUAGAAAAUAUCUAUAUUUUUACAGACCACACUGUAUUAAUAUUUUGAUGACCAUACCUAUGCCAAAGCAGCCGAGGCACAAAUUGAGGUUAAUUUUUAAAAUUCACACAUAACUAGUAAUUUUGAUUUGUAUAUCUUUAUUUGCAAAUGACACUACAUAAUAAAUUAAUAUUAUUUUUAAAUUAAUUCAGAAUUUGGACAGAAUUUUUUAUACCAUCAGAGAUGGAAAGGAUAAGCUACCAAGUCUUAAUUAUUAUUUAAUGCUCUUCACCAGGCAGGAUACUGCCAAACUUGCAGAAGACUUUGAAUAUACUUGAAGCUAUUCUCUGGGAGGUGAUACCAGCACAGGGAGGCACAUCUUACCUCACCUUAGCAUUGACCUGCAAGUGCUUUGAAGCCAUUGUGUCUGACCUAGUUUUCAGGAGGAAGACUCACUUUGCUUGGCUGGAUGGAGAUGAGACCAGCGCCGCUAGGCUGAACGAAGGUGCAUGAUCAGUUACCAGCGCAGUGUCUACUGGCCGGGGUCCGAGCGCCGAAGAUUAUUUCUGAUCAAAUAAAUUCUCUAAAACCUA